GGCCCGCCUGCGAGCCGAGCCCGGGGCAGCGGGACGAGCCGGGGGCGCCCAGCCGGCCCGCCGGCGAGCCGGGCCCGGGGCAGCAGGAGCGGCGGCCUCGGCCGCCCGCCUGCUUGUCGCAGAUGGAGGCCAGCCUGACGUGCGCCGUGUGCCUGUCCCUCUUCGAGGAGCCGGUGACGCUGCCCCUCUGCUCGCACAACUUCUGCCGGGACUGCGUGCUGGAGUGCCUGGCCUCGGCCGAGGCCGCCCGCCUGCAGCAGCAGCGGGGCCAGGGGCAGGGCCGCCUCUCCCGGGGGGGGCCGGGGCCGGGCGCUGGCGGCGGCGCGGCCGGCGCCCGGGUGUCGUGCCCGCUGUGCAGGAAGCUGUGCCCGCUGCCCCGCGGCGGCGCCGCCGCCCUGCCCGUCAACACCACCCUGGCGGAGGUGGUCAAGCUCUACCGGUCUGGCACGGCAGGGGCCGCCAAGGCGGGGGAGGCAGAGCAGGGGCAGGGCCCUGGCCUGCUCUCCCCGCUGGCGCUCGGGGGAACCUGCCAGAAGCAUCCGAGCCGGCUGGUGCAGCUCUACUGCCGGAUGUGCCGCCAGGCGGGGUGCGGGCAGUGCGUCUCUGAGGAGCACCAAGGCAUCUUCCACUCCGUCAACCUCAUAGACACUGUGUACCAGGAGGAAAAAUUAACCUUCUUCAGCAGUCUGAAAAAAAUGAGAAUAAUAAAUGAGAAGCUGAUGAAUGAAAUCUCAAGUCAACCGAAUGAUACAGACAUGGUGCUGAACAACGAUGCAGAGAUAAUUGCACUGGAAUUUGGAGAAAUUUUCAAAACUCUGGAAAUGAAGAAACGGCAAUUGCUAGAAGAUGUUGAAAAUCAAAGAAGUAAAAAAGAGAAAGAAUUUCAGAUUUGGAAGAAAAUGAAGGAAACUCACAAGAAGACCAUUGAGAAUUUUUUGAAGGAUUGUGAAAAGCUUGUCCAUGAGUGUGAUCCUCAGCGUUUCCUGGAGGUGGCCUGUGGCUUGAAUACAAGAAUGAAAACUCAGCUUGACCUGAUGAAUAUAGCAUCCAGCUAUGAAAAACCACCAGAGUAUACUCAAAAGAAGAUGAAUAUCAAACCUGUGGUUAAUGAAAUCUUGGCUUUGAAGUUAAUGCCUGUUAAUGUAGGCAUUGUUAAAGAUCUACCUUCUGGAGGAAAUGAGAACUCGACAAAAAAUACAUUAUUUAAAAAUAACAUAAAGCAGUGGCAGGACCAGAAGAAUAUACCCAACACAUUUCUUCCUGUAGCAGGACAGGAGGAAGCACUAGCAGACGGUAGCAGGAUCUGUACUCGCUUAAUGUCAAUAUCAGAAAUGUCAGCGUUUCAAAACAUGAGUCAUGAGGAGUUACGUUACAAAUACUAUAUGGAACGUCAGAAGCUCACCGAUGAGGUCAAGACACAAACUUUACCUGCAAAUAAAAAGUAUAAAUUUGUAACUGCUGAGGCUUUGAAGGAUAGGUCCUCAGGAACUCCUUUUGUAUCUUCACCUACCAAAGCAAAUAACACAGAUAAAGUAAAAAUGGGAACCCUGCAAAGAGCAGAUGGCUUUGAGAGAAGCUUUUCUGGAACCACUUCAGCCUUAUCAGAAAACUCUAAAGACUUAGCCAUUAAAGAAAAAUUGCCAGUGCAGCCAUCGGCAAUUAUUGUUUCCAACAAAAUGGACACAAAUUCUAGCACUUCAUCCGGCUUAAAAGCAGCAGCAUCAGUAGCUGUUACUGUUUCAAAUUCAGAAUUUCUAGAUGUUUCUGCAGAGGGACUUUCUGCUUCACCUUUUGCUUUCAGUGCAUGUAACAACUCAUUACCCAGAUUUAUUAAAGACACAGGUACAUUUUCCUUUAAAAAGAAAGACAGGAAAUAUGUUUUCCCUCAAUUUUAUCUAGGAAAAUGUGAUCGUGCGGUUAAAACCGAUAAUGAGGAUGAAAGCAAAUUUAGAAAACAUGGUCCUGUAACCAAAACCACAGUUUCUGAUGCUUCAACCAGUCCUAAUUUAGACUCAGCAGAAAGUGAGAAGCCAGAUCUUUCAUUUCCCUUUGGCAAUUCAGAAAGAGAUUGUUUUGCAGGAUCAGGAGUCAGCAAUUCAUUCAAUUUACCAUUAUCCUCACUUUUUAGCCAAUCUGAGAAGCCAUCGGACAAAAAUACAUCAUCUCACAUGAGAGAAAAAACACUUUCUGCAAAGGAAACUGCAGAAUGUGGUACACAGAAACCAUCUGUCUCAUGGGAACAAAAAGCUAAUGCCUCAGAAUCCAUCACAACUGUAGCUUGCAGUACUUCAGAAACCAACACUGCAGCUGGGGUGAAUGAUGUCUCAGAGUCCCCCCUUCGCCCCAGUAAUUGUGUAUUUUCCUUCGAAAAUAACUGUUUUCAGUUGCCUUCACCAGUAUUUUCAUUUGGAAGUAUUGUCAGAAAUACCUCUGAUUUGCUGACUUCCUCCAUGUUUUUGUCUGGAAAUGGUACUGAAAAAACAGAAAAAGAGAAGAUAAAAUCUCCUGACAAAACAUCUCUAAAUCUAGGGAAAUCUGUAUCUUCAGAGUGUGCAGAGCCUGCUUCUAGACAUAGUCCUCCGAAAUGUGAAGGUUCAUUCUUUCCUGUGAACUUAUCGAAGAAAACUGAAAGUGCAGAAAUGCUUGCUGAUAGUAAUUCUUCUUAUAGUCAGCCUUUAUGUUCAGUUGUCCUUCCUAUUAAACACGAGAAUGCAUCUUCCACUCAACUUAUUACAGCAACAAAACAAGAAACAAAGGUAAAAGAUGAAGGAAGUGAAACUGUUGCUGAAAACAACUGUUCCUGUCAUGGGAGGGAAGAUGAACCUGAGUCUGUACAGUUUCAGAAUGCAGCUUGUUCUGUUCCUGGCACAUGCAAUGAUCCAUCUUUAGGAGGUUCUGUGCUUACAGUGAGUGAGGCAGGAGGAAUGCCGGGUGACAGCGAUUCUGACACUGAAGAGCUAAGUCAAACAUCUGUCUCUACUGAUGCCAGCAGUGCAUCAGAGUAUUUUUCUGUUGCUGAAGACAAAAUAUCUACUAGAAGAAAAUCAGAGACAUGAAGAGAGAGUGAAAUGGAAGAUAACUGUACUUAAGCUGGAAUUAAAUAAAUGGUACUUAACACAUUAAAAAGUGGGGAUACCUGUGAUUUUAAAGCUGUUGCUCUCCCUGAUUCUUGCCAAUUGAGGUAUCUCAGUGUUAGAAACAUAACUGCUUAUCAGCAACUACAAUGUACUAAAGUGAAUUUUAUAGUACAAACCUGAACUGAAGAAACAACCAAAAAUGUCAUGUCUUGUUAAAGACUCAAGUAUGACCUUAUAUGCUGUAUCUUUAAGAAUGCAGAUCUUCCAAGAAGUGUGGCUGGGGUAUGUGUGGGUGGUGAGGGACUGAGGUGUCCCAGAAAGCAGGUUCAGUGAAGCUUCAGCAACAGGAAGCAGUAUAUUGCUGUUUUGGUACAGCAGCCUUGCACUAGGGUUAAAAUCAGUAAGAGUACAGACAAUGGCGUUCACCUUGUAGGCGGGGAGGGUGGAGAGCCAUGGGGAAAAUAAAGGAUGUUGAAGGGCAUUACUGAAAAUUGUUUUGUGUAUCAUCUCCCUUUGGCUGUGUUCUUUUUCUAUGAUAUAUUUAAUAUAUAUUGAAGGUGCAA